GUGAUGUCCAUUGUGAAGCGCUUCAUUCCCUUGAUGGACCGGGUCCUGGUCCAGAAGAUCAAAACGGAGGCCAAGACGGCGAGCGGCAUCUUCCUGCCUGACACGGCCAAGAAGGAUCCUAACUGGGCGAAGGUCUUGGCGACAGGGCCUGGACGAUUGUCCAAGGAGGGUGAGCUGCUCCCCAUGAACAUCAAGGUGGGCGACACUGUGGUGAUCCCCGAGUACGGCGGCGUGACCCUGAAUUUUGAUAACGAGGAAUACCAUGUCUUCAGAGAUGAGGACAUUAUGGGUGUCAUCCAGGACGAAUGA